GGCGCCCAACAGAAGCGCGUGUGCGCGCAGCUCUGAAUGUGCCAUCCACGCGCCGUUUGAAUUUACAGUCGAAGAAAAAAAAUGGUGGCCAGCGCUAGAGUGCAGAAGCUCCUUCGACGAUAUAAACUAGCCAUUGCCGCCGCAUUAACUAUCCUCCUCAUUCAAGGUCUCGUCGUGUGGAGCCUGAAAAGUCUGGAAGAGGGCGAGACGGAGAAAAAAACAAGACGGUCUAAACUGCCUGACAACAACAGCCAGGACCAGAAGAGGGAUGCCACAAUUUUAGAGAGACACAACCCAUUGUCUGGGAGUAACAGGGGCAGAUGGAGCGGCAGGUUGGAAAGGACAGGGGGAACAGCAACCAGUGCACUCAGACAAGGGACCAGCCAAAGACAAGGAAAGCCCGCCAUCAGGCCGAAGAAUCCCCUUGAGCAGGGGCAAACUGGCACCGCACUGGACGGUGUAGCACCCCAUGACCCGUCCAAUAACUUAAGUGACAUGCGAGAUGGUGCUGAUGGGCUAAUGGCGGCCAGGAUACCUGCUGCUGCCUUACCAGGGGAGCCAGGCAGCGUGGAUGGGGCACACCAAGCUCCCAGCAGUGAUUUUGAGCCCAAAUGUGACAUCAUAGGGAAGGAUGCGUGGUCUGCCCUGCAUCGUGCCGGCUCACAGCAGUGUCGCCAGGAGAUCGCCAACAUUGUGUGCAUGCAUCAGGUCGGGCAGCUCAUGCCAGCUGCCCUUCCACAGUUCUGCCCCCAGCUUGGUUCAUCAAGUCAGGUUCAGGCAGUUGGCGAGCUGGACAACAGCUUGGCCAAGGUAGAGAACCCUGUCCGGGUGGUUUUUGUCUUAAUGGUCCACGGCCGCUCUGUACGGCAGCUCAAGCGUCUGAUUAAAGCAAUAUAUCACUCUGAUCACUACUACUACGUCCAUGUAGACAAGCGGUCCGGCUACAUGCAUCGGGAGGUCUUACAAAUAGCCCAGCAGUACCCAAAUGUACGUGCGACGCCCUGGAGAAUGGUGACCAUCUGGGGUGGUGCCAGCCUGCUAAAGGCAUACCUCCGCAGCAUGCAUGACCUCCUCUCCAUGCUGGACUGGAAUUGGGAUUUUUUCAUUAAUCUCAGUGGCACAGACUUCCCCACAAGAACCAAUGAUGAACUGGUGGCCUUCCUAUCACAGCACAGAGACAAGAACUUCCUCAAGUCCCAUGGCAGAGAGAAUGCCCGCUUUAUUAAGAAGCAAGGCCUUGAUCGUCUGUUCCACGAGUGUGACAAUCACAUGUGGCGGCUGGGAGAGCGCAACAUUCCUGAUGGCCUGGAGCUCUCGGGUGGCUCGGAUUGGUUUGCACUCACCCGCCGCUUUGUGGAAUAUGUCAUCAACUCCCAGGAUGAUCUGGUGUCAGGACUAAAGCAGUUCUAUUCCUAUACUCUGCUCCCUGCUGAGUCUUUCUUCCACACUGUGCUGGGAAACAGUCACAUGUGUGACAGCCUGGUGGACAACAACCUUCGUGUGACCAACUGGAAUCGUAAACUGGGCUGUAAAUGCCAGUACAAGCACAUUGUGGAUUGGUGUGGCUGCUCUCCCAAUGACUUCAAACCCCAAGACCUCAUUCGCAUUCAGCAAUUGUCCCGGCCAACAUUCUUCGCACGCAAGUUUGAGUCGUCAGUGAACCAGGAAGCCAUAGACAUCUUGGACACCCACCUGUAUGGCCAGUAUGCACCAGGAACUGUUGCCAUAAAGGCGUACUGGGAGAACCAGUUUGAGCAGAUGGAUGGCGUGGGCUCACUCAGUGAUGUGGCACUCACUGCACACACUUCUUUGUUUCGCCUGGGCCUGAAAGGUCUUGCGACAUCUCAGGGCAGAAACGAGGCCUGCAGGUUUGAACCUAUAGCCUACCCUUUGUCAGUGCACUUGUAUUUCUAUGACGACCGCUUUCAAGGGUACUUGAUACGUCAGGAAGUUCAAGUUGUGGGAUCAAAGGUCAAGGAAUCAAUAGAGAUGUGGGCUGUGCCCCAGGCUACAUUGGUGCUUGAGAAGAAUCUUAAGGAGUUUGAAAGGCUUAAAAACCUGGAGAUCGGCACAGAAUGGGACCCAAAAGAAAGAAUAUUCCGUAAUUUUGGUGGGAUCAUUGGUCCUUUGGAUGAACCACUGGCUGUUCAGAAGUGGGCUCGCGGGCCCAACCUCACAGCCACCAUAGUGUGGAUUGACCCUGCCCAGGUGGUGGCAGCGUCUUACGACAUCACAGUGGAUGUGGAUGCAGAAUUUACCCAGUAUAAGCCACCCCUGCAGCGCCCCCUGCGGCCUGGCAUUUGGACUGUAUGUGUAUUAAAACAGUGGGCGCGUGUGGCAGAAAUUCAUUUUCUCGUCAUGCCUUUGAACUUCAAAGAUAAGGAGCCACUGCGUAAAGAUGAGGACAGUUGGCUGCAUGCAGGUCCAUCAGGAAAUUUGUACCAGGAGCAGAGCUUCCAGCAGCUGAGCUCCAUACUGAAGCUGCCCCCCCAGGAGCCUGCCAUGCUGGAAGCACAACAAAAUGCCCACUUGGUGGGCCCAGCCCUUGAAGCGUGGGUUGACCGCAGUGUGGCAAACUUCUGGGUUAUUGGAGACCUAUGCACCACACAGACUUCAUCCUGCACAGCUUUGGUGUCGUGCGCCAAAACAACCUGGAGUUCCCUGUCCCUGGACCCCAAGUCUGAACUGGGCCCUGUUAAAAGUGACGGGAGAAUUAGGUAACCCCAGUGAGGGCCAGACUGUGGCGCUCAACACAGAGAGAACUAAAGGAAGAGCAGGCCUGCGCUGGAGUCUCCAAGUAGCAAUGAGCGCUCAAGGAGAACCUGUGUGCGUGGGACGUUUGGCUCAAACCUGAAGGUCACAAAAACAACAUGACAACUUGCACUGACAAGUCACAACAUUCUCAGUAGAAACGACUUGGGAGAGGUGAAUGCUGGAGAUUUUGCACAUUGACGACUGCAAGCCCAGAGACUUAUCUUGGUUUGCAGGAGGACAUUAAUGCCAGAUGUUGUUUUUUUUGUUGAAAAACAGCUAUGGUUUUGACACCUGGGUGAGUGUUUGAAAGAAACCUCACCCUUUACCGUUUUUCACUUUCACUCUAUUUCGAGUCAGGAUGCAGUUUGAACUCAACCGCAGUUUCCUUGCCAUGUUUUGUUCUGAUCUCAAGACAGAACAAACAAUUUGGAUAAUUUUAUGCUUAUUUUAAAGCAUUUUAUAUUGGAAACAUGGAACAGUUGAAGUGCACUAUACUGUUAGAUAAUGUUACGCAAAAGUUAGUUGCUUCCAUUGUGAUGAGUACAUGCUGACAAAGUCAAUGAUUUGUUUAUUUGCAAUCCUUGUGGAUCACUCACAACACAAAAGUAUUGAUUAAUUUACUCGUUUACCCAUUUAUUAGAAUUUAUUGCAAACUAUUAAUUUUAAAGUUCCGAAAUUUCAAAAGGUAUUUGCUGUAGAUGUCGAAAGCCUUUUGUUGGUCCCAGAAAGCAUCUGGAGACUCGGCAGAUCGCUUCAUUUGAUAUCACCAUGCUGUUAAAACUUGUUCUGCUCUAUAAUCACUGCUGGCAGAGGGGUUUUGUUCUCGUUUUGAAGCCAAUGUAGGAAGGGAAAUUCAAACGCAUGUUACAUUUCAUACCGCCUGCGUAUUGGUGUAGAUGCAAUUUAUUUUUUGUACAUGGGUCUGCUCUCCACUCAAGGGACAAACACUCCAAGUCCUCCAACCAGAAAUGGUAAACACUGUAUGUUUUUAUUUUUGUUUCUCAGAAUUAAGAUGAAUCAAAGUUGCCUUUAUGUAACUGAGAUGACUUGUUUACUGCAGGAUUAAUGGUUCCCAAGAUGUGCAAUUUCUCCCUGCCCCAGUCUGCAUCUUAGUUUGCGGUUUUAACACAUUUAAUGUGAUCUUUUUUAUGUUCUUAAAAAUUGUGCUUUUCCAAGUGACCUUGUAUACCUUGCACAGUACAGUUGCUUCAAUGAAGCCCCAUGUCUGUUAAAAAGAGAACUGCAGAUGUUAUUUUUUUAUACUGUGUACCAUUUGAGAACAAGUGUGUCCAUACGUCUUUGGAUUUCAAACUAGCAUCAAAAUAUGGUCUACUUAUAUUUUAUUGCCUGAUUGGUGAUCGAGGGGUUGAGUUCUCCGUGCUUGCUGCUGGGGUAAGCUAAGGAGGGGUUGGGGUGGGCUCAUGUAUACUAUACAAUGUGCUGGCUCUCCAACAAGAACAUAGAUGUCAAAGAAGACACAGAAAUAAAGGUUUAGACCUCCUUUCUUUUGAAUAAA